AUCCCUCUCACACUCUCCUUCUCCCCCAAAUUCCCAGAUCCCCAAUUUCGCCGUCGCCAUGGCUCUCAUCGUCGACAAAACCACCACCGGCCGUGAGUACAAGGUCAAGGACAUGUCCCAGGCCGACUUCGGCCGCCUCGAGCUCGAGCUCGCCGAGGUCGAGAUGCCCGGUCUCAUCUCCUGCAGGACCGAAUUCGGCCCCUCGCAGCCCUUCAAGGGCGCGAGGAUCACCGGAUCCCUCCACAUGACCAUCCAGACCGCCGUCCUCAUCGAGACCCUCACCGCCCUCGGCGCCGAGGUCCGCUGGUGCUCCUGCAACAUCUUCAGCACCCAGGACCACGCCGCCGCCGCCAUCGCCCGCGACUCCGCCGCCGUCUUCGCCUGGAAGGGGGAGACCCUCCAGGAGUACUGGUGGUGCACCGAGAGGGCCCUCGACUGGGGUCCCGGCGGCGGGCCCGACCUCAUCGUCGACGAUGGCGGCGACGCCACCCUCUUGAUCCACGAGGGUGUGAAGGCUGAGGAGGAGUACGAGAAGACCGGGAAGAUGCCCGAUCCGGCUUCUACCGAUAAUGCCGAGUUCCAGAUCGUGCUCACGAUUAUCAGGGACGGGUUGAAGGGCGACCCCAAGAAGUACCACAAGAUGAAGGAGAGACUGGUUGGUGUUUCUGAGGAGACCACUACCGGAGUCAAGAGGCUGUACCAGAUGCAGGCCAAUGGAACCCUUCUGUUCCCUGCUAUCAAUGUCAACGACUCUGUCACCAAGAGCAAGUUUGACAACUUGUACGGUUGCCGUCACUCCCUCCCCGAUGGUCUCAUGAGGGCCACCGAUGUCAUGAUCGCUGGUAAGGUUGCCGUGAUCUGUGGUUAUGGUGAUGUCGGAAAGGGCUGUGCUGCUGCCAUGAAGCAGGCUGGAGCUCGUGUGAUCGUGACUGAGAUCGAUCCCAUCUGCGCUCUUCAGGCUCUCAUGGAAGGUCUCCAGGUCUUGACCCUCGAGGAUGUGGUCUCUGAGGCUGACAUCUUCUGCACCACCACCGGCAACAAGGACAUCAUCAUGGUCGACCACAUGAGGAAGAUGAAGAACAACGCCAUCGUCUGCAACAUCGGUCACUUUGACAACGAGAUCGACAUGCACGGUCUCGAGACCUUCCCCGGGGUGAAGAGGAUCACCAUCAAGCCACAGACCGACAGGUGGGUCUUCCCCGACACCAAGAGCGGCGUCAUUGUGUUGGCUGAAGGGCGUCUGAUGAAUCUCGGAUGUGCAACUGGUCACCCCAGCUUCGUCAUGUCCUGCUCGUUCACCAACCAAGUGAUUGCUCAGUUGGAGCUCUGGAACGAGAGGUCGAGCGGCAAGUACGAGAAGAAGGUCUACGUUCUGCCCAAGCAUCUUGAUGAGAAGGUUGCUGCUCUUCAUCUUGGCAAGCUCGGAGCCAAGCUCACCAAGCUGACCAAGGACCAGUCUGACUACAUCAGCAUCCCAGUUGAGGGUCCUUACAAGCCUGCUCACUAUAGGUACUGAGCAACACCACCAAGUGGAGAGUUGGGGAGAAUUUCAUGGAUGAAUGACUGUUAGGUUCUUCUUUUCUCCCCUUUUUAGAGUUCUGUUAUGUGGCUGGAAUGGGUUUUUGGAGGAGAGAGAUGUGGGUUGGGUCUUUUGACCACAACGGGGAUUGAUGAAUAAUGUUUGGGUUUGGGGAAUGUGGCUGUGUGGGAUAGAUUUUGGGUUUCAGUUUCUGCAAAUUCGGAUUUUUCUGCCGCUGCUGCGUGCUGCGCCGGCUUAUCAUCAUUUUUUACUUGGAAAAGAUACAGAGAAAAUGAAGAUUUGUUGAGCUUCACUAGCAUGUCUUUGAUUGGUUGCUAGUGGUAUCGUAUAUGUUAGGAUGUCAUCAAACUAAGAU